AUGGAGAAGAAGUUUACAGAAAUCACGUUUAACCAGGAUCCGGACAUGGAAAACAGGCAUAAGUCCUGGUUUGAAAAUCCGCCUGCCGAAGUCGCUUUAGGCAUGACCGUAGAAGAGCUUUUAGCGCCGAGUAAAAGAAAGAAAUCCCGAACGGCACCUCCGCGCCCCCAACAAUCGUAUAUCUUAUUUAGAAAAAAUUUUAUGGCGCUAAACGAAGCCAUGGAAUUCGGAAAUGUUAGCUCUGCCUCCCGAGCUGAAUGGAGAAAGGCACCCCCCGUCGUCAGGGAAUUUUUCGAAAU